UUGACGCCUUAAUUACGGAGAACGCUUGCCUCAAGAGAAAAACAUCAACCGGACUUCUCUAGUCUCUCCUCGCAAAGUUUGCCGGUGAAGAAGGCUGGUUCAGCUUCUGAAAUGGCCAGAGCAUAGGUACUUGUAUUUGCAGUGCAGUGAAGAUGGCAAGCUUCCCCUUCCUUUUUGGCUUAUGCAUUGCAGUUCAAAUUAUCUCCGGAUUUGCUGGCACAAUGUUUUUGAGCAUUGACUGUGGAGGAACAGCCAACAGCACCGACGAGUUGGGCACCAAUUGGGUGGUCGACGACGGUUACAUCAUGACAGGCAAAUCUGCGAAGGUCCAGGUUACCAAUACAUACGCCCAAGAAGAUCAGACCCUCCGUUACUUUCCCUUCCAAAAGAAAAGCUGCUACGUCAUCCCAGGCGUGGCGAGGGGAAGGAAGCACAUGGUAAGGACAUCCUUCUUCUAUGGCAACUAUGACGGAAAGUCGUCGCCACCAUCCUUCGAUCUUCAGUUUGAUGGCAACCCUUGGUUGACCGUGGAGACUUCAUCCAGCGAGUCCUACUAUCAUGAAGUAAUAUAUGCACCCAAGAGAGACAACAUCAGCGUCUGUGUUGCUCAGACGUCGCCCGACCGGAUACCCUUCAUCUCCACUCUCGAAAUUAGGGAACUGGAGACGGGCAUGUACCAAACGAACAGCGAAGAAGACGUUCUCCUAUGGAGGAACCGGACGGCCUUCGGAGCGAAGGAUUUUGUAAGGUAUCCGGAUGACCCUUAUGAUCGUUACUGGCAUCCAGGUGCAAUCGAUGGCACAAUUAGUGUGACAAUUGGAGAUAAUACGAGCUCCAUCCAGAACUCGAGAGACAUACCGGGAAAGGCGUUGGUCCAUGCAAUAACACCAGCAUCGAGCAAUGCGACGACUCUCAUCGUCACCCCCUCUUCCGACAUUUCCCUGGAUAAUGCUGCCUAUUACUACAUUUUCUACUUCUCGGAAGUGUCACAGGCUGCUUCUCAAAAAAAAAGCAGGUCAUUCGAUUUCCUGGUUGAUGGCAUCAAGCGGAACAACGAUCCAAUCAUCCCUCCUUACUGGUCAUAUGUAACCGACUACAACCAUGGUCGUAAUCUGACUGCUGGAUCCGUCAUUUCCUUGGUCAACACACUAGAUGCAUCGCUUCCUCCCAUCCUCAACGCCAUGGAGCUUUUCAAACUCAAGACAGGCCUUGCUGACGGAACUAGCAGAAGUGAUGUGAACACGUUGCAGGUGUUACAGGGUCAAUAUCAACACCUCCAGUCAUGGGCAGGUGAUCCAUGCCUUCCCGCAGGUUCCACUUGGGAUUGGCUCAACUGCAAUACUGACGAUCUACCACGCAUUACAGAACUGCACCUUAGCGGGUCAGGCUUGAACGGCGCCCUUCCAGACUUCAGCGGCCUGUCUGCGCUGGAGAUAAUUGAUCUGAGUAACAACAGCUUGAACGGUCAGAUCCCAGAGUUCUUAGGGAGAUUUCCUUCGUUGAAAGAACUGAACCUGGCAGAAAAUAAUUUCACUGGACCUCUACCCACAUCACUAGCUGGCAACAAGAAACUUAGAAUAAAUACAAAGGGAAACAACAUCAGUGACGACAAUCCAAGUCCACCCCCGGGACAUGGCGAAAGAAAUAUGAAGCCGAUCAUUGUUGGAGUAUCAGUUGGCUCAGUUAUCUUAUUUCUAUUGCUAGUUGGUUGUGUUAUCUAUGCACGCCUUCGAAGCCAACAUCCUAGGCCAUCAGUGUUCGAGGACAAUGUAGAGAACCAGGUGAAGCAACCAGCUGGUUCCAUUCAGUUGGGGCCAAACCAUGCAUUCACCUAUGAAGAGAUUGUAAAGAUCACAAGAAACUUUGAAAUCCUUAUUGGCAAUGGAGGAUCUGGUUCUGUUUAUUAUGGACGCCUUAAAAAUAGCAAUGAAGUUGCAGUCAAGGUAUUGAAGGAUUUUCAACAACGAGGAUCUAAAGAAUUUGUCGUAGAGGUCAAGUUACUAAUGACAGUGCAUCACAAAAACCUUGUCUCAUUUGUUGGAUUUUGUGAUGAAGGCACAAAUAUGAUUGUCCUUUAUGAGUACAUGCAUAAUGGAAGCUUAAGAGACAUCUUAUCAGGAAAAAGAACAGCAGCAGAACCUUUAACAUGGAAGAGACGGUUGCAAAUUGCUUUGGAUGUUGCAAUGGGUUUGGAUUAUCUACACUCAGGUUGCCAACCUGCCAUUAUCCACAGAGAUAUAAAAAGCACAAACAUUCUUCUAAAUGAACGACUAGAAGCCAAAGUAGCAGAUUUUGGAAUUUCGAAGGCUGUUGAGAGGACUCAAAUAUCAACAAUGAUUGUUGGCACACCUGGAUAUAUUGAUCCUGAAUACUCAGAAAUAAGCAUUCUCACCAAAAAAAGUGAUGUUUAUAGCUUUGGUGUGGUUCUUUUUGAGCUCAUGUCUGGUCAGGGAGCCAUAUUUAGCCAUCCUGAGCAGCAUUUUCAUAUUGUUGAAUGGGCAACAUCAAAAAUUGUGAGGGGCAACAUAGAGAACAUUAUUGACCCAAGGAUUAAAGAGCAGCAAAUGAGUUCUAUGUGGAAGGUUGCUGAUAUAGCCAUAGCAUGUACUGCACGCAGAUCCAUUGACCGACCAAACAUGUAUAAUAUUCUGAAGGACUUGAAUGAGGCAAUGGAGAUGGUGACUGGUUACCAAGCACUUGAUGUUUCAGUGACAGAAGUGAUGACUACUUCCGCAUAUUCACCUGAAACACCUAUCGUAUGUGCAAAUCGCCCAAAACAUCCAUUAGCAAGAUAGAAAAUUGUCUUGAUGUCAACAUCAUAACAGAUGAGACAAAGCUUCAUUGAAACAUCAGUCAAUUUCUUGCAAAGUUGAAAUGUAUGCCAAGCUAAGUUGCUUAGUUUUUU